CUUCCCGCCCGCCGCCGCAGUGGUGUCGGGCGCGAGUGCGCCGCGCCCGCCGCUCCCGCCCCGCUCCCCCGGCACCGCCGCCACCCCCGGCACCCCCGAUCCUCCUCGCAAGCCCCCCCGCCGCCAGUCCUCCCCCUCGCACCGCCAUGGCCGACGAGCUCGACUUCACCACGGGCGAUGCCGGCGCCUCCUCCACCUACCCUAUGCAGUGCUCGGCGCUGCGCAAGAACGGCUUCGUGGUGCUCAAGGGGCGCCCCUGCAAGAUCGUGGAGAUGUCCACCUCCAAGACGGGCAAGCACGGCCACGCCAAGGUCCAUUUGGUUGGUAUUGAUAUCUUCACUGGUAAAAAAUAUGAAGAUAUUUGCCCAUCAACUCAUAACAUGGAUGUCCCAAAUAUCAAGAGGAAUGAUUACCAGCUGAUAGGCAUUCAGGAUGGGUAUCUCUCCCUGCUGACAGAAAGUGGUGAAGUUCGUGAGGAUCUAAAGUUGCCAGAAGGGGAUCUUGGCAAAGAAAUAGAAGGAAAAUUCAAUGCCAAUGAAGAUGUGCAGAUAUCUGUCAUAAGUGCAAUGAAUGAAGAAUGUGCUGUAGCCAUAAAGCCUUGCAAGUAAAGAAGAUUGCCAGGCUCGGGCAGCUGCUCAGGUCUGGAGAAACCACAGAUCUAUAAAUUUGGUCCUUAUUGUCACCAAAGCUCUGGCCUUCACAAGCAACCUCAUUUCCUUUUUGAAUUGUUAAAAAGCAGUGCUGGAUUCUGGAUUAGUGUUGCAGGCUAACUGGCAGUUUUCAAAAUCACUGAGAUUUUAAUUCCUUAAUUGUAACUAUUUUAACAUUCCUGUGGGUUUCAGCUAUGGAUCUAAGAAACCAAUCAGGUGUUACUAGUGGAUAUAUUUUUAUUUGCUUGAGCAAAACAGUGUUUGUCUGUAUGAACAGACAAAAUACAGUAUUCAGGGGCUUUUAGAUAAGCUGGUAGGUAUCUAGGAUUAUAAAGUGACCUAGAGCACAAAUAGUAUUUUUCUUGACAUCUUUAGGUAGAACUGACAAUAAAAGUAGCUUUUUUUUUUUUCCCUUUUUUUAAAGCUUAAGUACUUUGUGGAUUGGGACUCUUGCAGAACUGUAGGUGCCAAUCACAACUUUUAGACCAAGAAACUCAAGUGAUCAGAAAUGCCAGCUGGCUUGACCAAGCCCCAGUGGCCAUGUGCAACUAAACUGUAUUACCUCUGUUUUCUUCUUUGCCAACUUGUUGGCUUAUUGUAACGAUAAAAUGGUUUAAAAAAAAAGCCUACCUGUGGUUUAGGCAGGUCAUUGGAAUAUUGAGUAGAUAAGACAUAGAUAGGUCAAGGGAACACAAAGGUGAGAAUGGAUGUUAAAGCUAUAGACUUUCACUCGAGGCCUUUGUCAGACUUGAAAAAUAAAAUAGAAAAAUGCAGUUCAAUUGCUUUCCUUUAUUAUAUUUAUCUUAAACUAUAAAAGGGUGACAAACUCCAUGGGAAUCUGUUGCAGUGCUUCCAGCUUUAGGUUUUAACCUUCAGGUUCAGACCAUAUUUUUGUAGCACAGGGACCACACGUUUUUCAGAAAGUGGGACAAACUGUAGCAUUGAGCCUAAACUAAAUGCAUGUGAUUUUUUUUUUUUUUAAUAAAACUUGUAUUUUCAAAACAUAAACUUGACAGACGAUACCGAACAACCACGGCUUCACUAUAAAAGUAAAUAACUUGCUACCUAGUUAGGGAAGCUGGCUCCUGUCCUGGGGAGUUCUGAGUCAUAGCAACAUGCAUGCAUGCCUCUAACUAUUUAGUAGCUUAACAAGGCUUCACAGCAAUAGUUAUGGAAGGAUAACUAGCCUGCUCCUGUCUAAGGUGUUCAACUUGAAUUCUGAAACUUGGUGACUCUUCAUGAGUGUGGAAACUUCCUUAGUCCAUGGCUCAGACCUCUCUUCACAGCUGAUAAUUUGUUUCAUGAACUUGCCUUAAUGCUCAGUGGCUGAUGGAGGAUGACACAGAAGCUGCCCCGGACAGCACGCACAAGUCACACUACUUGGCAGCCAGAGUUGGACUCCAUGCUGCUCUUAACUGCUUAAAAUGUCUUCAGCUUCAUAGUUUGUACUCUCUAGUCCCCAAAGGGCUCGUGGCAACUGUCCUGAGCUGCCCUUGGCCACACUGGGGCAGGGCUAAGCAAACCUUGGAGGUGUAAUGCAGGUGGCAAAAGCAUUCGUUGUCCACAGACUUCCCACGCCAGGGAGAGCAGUACCAGUGAAGGUAAAGACAGCAAUAAAUACACUCUGGUAAUAAAGCACAGCUGCCUGGGACACCUGGCAGAGGUAGGACCUGCCACACGCUCUUGCCUAGCACAAAACAUGUUGCAGGUGAGCUCUAGAAAUAGCACCUUGACUGAAAUGGCAAAGCUUCUUUUAAAAGAAGCUCUAGAUUGAAAUGCUUCCAGAAUAGUUGUGGAGUGGAUGAGGAAUAGUUCAGGCUAGUCUGCACUGUGCUCCCUUCUGCCUCCCCAUCAAGCUGGUACCUGGAAGUCAGGCUUUGUUGGCUUUGGAGGUGACUAACCAUUGCUGGUGAUGCUGACAGCAAGCUGAGCUGUGGUGCCACGUGGGAGGCCACAGGUUGCUAUGUCCAACUAAUGCAAGUUUUAUCACCAUAUUAUAAAUACUUCCAAUAUGCUUGAAGACUGCAAGACUUGAAUUUGUUCUUGCUCUGGCAGUGCUUUAGUCUAUUUUCAGGUUCCUGUCUGUCCUCUAAAACCUUGUUGGAAGACAGGUUCCUGAUGUCACUGGCCCACAAUCUGAGCAGUUACUCGGACUAAGCUUCUGGGACCAGGGCUGGUUUAAGCCCUGCUCCUCCAAGUGGAGUCCUGGCUUGACUGGAGUUUUCAGGUACUACAGCAAUCUGAGGAGAGAGGUUUCCUGACCUCCAGCUUGCUGGAAGAGCCCUCCUCGGGACUUUCAGAUGUCCUUCUAUUGCAACCUUCAGUUCUGCAAGAUUUUAAUGAUUAAGUACUUCAUUAUAGGUUUGUUCUUAUAUACUUAGUUGUCUUUGUGAAGCACUUCAGACACCAUGGAAGUGCAGAGCAUCAUGCAUGAACUUUCCCAUAGGUACAUAAGCAUGUCUUAAAGCAUAAUCUCCAAGUUUCAGUAAGGUUAAAAGUUGCUUCUAAAUGAAAACAUUGUAUUUGAAGCAUUUUUUUUUUUCCAAACUAAGACGCUUCAGUUUCCUGUCAGAAUCGUUGCAAUGAACUUUGUGAUCAGUAGUCCAUAGAGAUGUGUAUUUUUAAUAUCCAUAACCAAGUGCUUAGGGAAGUUCUCCUUUCAUAGCUUUAUUUUAAAACAGAUCUUACCAGUGUAUUUGUUCUGUAUUACUGUCUUAACACUUAAAUUGUGUCAAAACCAUAAACUUCUUAUAGCUGAUGGCAAUUGCUCAGAGUAAAGCCUGUGAACACAGGGAGGUGGUGAGAGGUAUUUCCACUCCAAGUAAUGCGUUUUUUUAUGGCUCCUGUUCAUUGAGUUUCUCUUACUACUUCACACAAUUGGAAAGAGUGCAGUGUUUUCUGCCUCAAAUGUUGGCAAGUAAUACUUUGAGAAUUCAAUAGAUCCUUUUAAUUUUUGCUUAUAAUGAUGGUUUUUCAACUGGGCUCUUGCUGGUUGAGCCAUGUUCUCAGGGCUGUUUUUUUUAAGCUGAAGUUCAUUGUUUCUCUUGCAGGUUUUUCUAAUCUGAAGUGUACCCAGAAACGGUGCACGGUCUGUAGUUUCUCAAUACAGAUAAUUUUACAUAAUCUGUAAAGAAGUCAAGUCUGUUGACAGUUCUAACUCUUAUGGUUACUGCAGGUCAGUCUCACAGAAUUCGAAAUUCAAUAAAUCCCACUAUUUUUUUUUUUUUUUUUGGUUGAGUAAUUAGAACGUAGUUUGUUACAGUAGAACUAAACUUCAGGCUAUAAAGAGACCUUGUUCAGGAUAUUUCGAGUAUCCGCUGGGAAUGUUACUGAAAGUGUGGAUCCUGGAGGCGCUCCAGCUCCCGCACUGUGGCCCUGCAGUAUUUGGCAUCCGAGAGUGACUUGGUUUGUUGAGCUCCAAGGAAAUGUUUGCUGUGCUUUGCUGUAUCGCAGAACCCCUUUUGUCCUGUGCUGUGUGUUGUAAGCAAACCUGGCUGCUCGUGGGACAAACCCGACCCUGGAACCGGCCCCGGCAGCUGCGGUGUCUGUUUUGGGAAGCUCUGUUACUGUUCUCAACACCAUGGAAACGAUCAGGGGAAAAGAUUUGUACGUGUGUGUGUGUGUUUUGCUCCAGAAAUAAUAAAGGUGUCAGUGCUGUGGGGAAAUGGUGCUGGUUACAGUGACGGGAGCGCGGUGGGGCUGCCAGGGGGGGUUCGCAGACACUUUUAGGGGCGGGGGCGGGUGGUUGCGGUUGUGUGGGAGGAAGAAGAAGGCGUGCGGGAAUAACGCUGGGAACGCCACAGGGCCUUCCCUCACGCCAGCCGCCAUCUUCCCGGCAUGCGCCGCGCGCCGACGCGGUGACGUCACCGCCGCGGGUAUAAAAGCGCGGCGUGGCCGGGCGCGCUUCCUUUCUGCGGGAGCGGCGCGGCGGGAGCGCUAUGGCGCCGCAAAAGGACCGAAAAUCCAAAAAGUCAACCUGGAAGUUUUGCCUCGACCUGACCCAUCCUGUGGAAGAUGGAAUCUUCGAUUCCGGAAAUUUUGGUCCCUUCCCUAGUUCAUACCUAGGGUGCCAUUCCCUAGUGUUCUAUUUCCUUAAUGUUGAAACAGGAACAGUUCCUAAAGGAGAAGGUUAAGGUCAAUGGGAAAACUGGAAACUUGGGCAACACUGUUCACAUUGAACGUCUGAAGAACAAGAUCACAGUGACAUCUGAGAAGCAGUUUUCUAAAAGGUACCUGAAAUACCUGACCAAGAAGUACCUCAAGAAGAACAACCUGCGGGACUGGCUGCGCGUCGUCGCGUCCGACAAGGAGACCUACGAGCUGCGCUACUUCCAGAUCAGCCAGGACGAGGAGGGCUCCGAGUCCGAGGGGUAACAGCCCUGGCUUCAUGCUCAGUGCAGAGUACAAAAGACUAGAACAUCUAUUUAUAUCUUUAACUUAUUGGUGAAUAAAGAUUUUGUACCCUGUUGGACAGAG